AUAACUAUCUAAAACGUCACCGGUCGGAAAGCAGCUAAUCCGCCUCUAAAAACACCAGAGCAAAUUACCAGUAAGGUCGAAGGUGAAUUCUGACGAGUGAGCUUCAAGGGAGAUAAGAAUGUUUGGCACUAACAUUCUCCCACAUGGUAAAAUACUUUUAAUGAAACCAACUUCUGGAUAUAGACAUUUCUGGGGAUGGCUGAAUGCAGUUUUUAACAAAGUGGAUUAUGAUCGCAUUCAGAGUGUUGGACCAGAUCGAGCUGCCUCUGAAUGGCUUCUCCGAUGUGGUGCAAAGGUGCGAUAUAAAGGAUUUGAUAGAUGGCAGCAAGAUUACAAUGGCCUUCCAACUGGACCUCUGGGGAAGUAUAAAAUCCAAGCAAUAGAUGCUACUGAAUCUUGCAUUAUGAAUAAAGGAUUCGACUAUUUAGAUGGCUUACAGCAUGUAGAAGAGAUAAAGCUUCAGAAAUGCAUCUAUAUUGAAGACUUGUGUCUCGAAAGACUAAGUAAUAUGGAGAAUCUGAAGAACACUCUAAUUCACCUGGAACUGAUUUCUUGUGGAAAUGUGUCAGACAGAGGCAUCAUAUCUUUGCACAAGUUGACGAAUUUGGAAUAUUUACUCCUAAGUGACCUGCCUGGGAUAAAAGAUAAAGUCAAGACUGUUCAGAUGCUUCAGACUGCAUUGCCUGCAUUACAGACAGAAGUGGACCUAGAUUAGGAGAAGAGGGUGUUGUUGAAACUGCAUUAAAAAGGGAAGCACAAGCCAGACCAUGAAACAAACGUAUGGCAGGAGUGUGAGUUUGUGGUAUACCGUUCUGUGCUCCAAAAUUACUAGUGAUACUCUCACUGAUGCAUGGCACAGUUAAAGGAGAUGGACAGGCUGACGUCUGAAAACAAGUGUUGAAAUAUCGCAACACUUUUGAAUGAUGUAAGACUUGAUAGACAAAUGUGUGUAAUAUAUUGAUCAGAAAAGCAGCUACUGUAAAAUGGGUGGGUAUACUGAUGAUAUGUAAAAUUGUAGUAAAUAUAUUUGGUCUUUUUUUAUGUAUGAUGUAUGGUAGUGGCUCAGCUUUCAUGAAACUUAAGUUCUCUUUAGAGAGGGAUUCAUUGAAAGAAACCACUAUAAAGCUGUUUAUGCACUUCAUGGUAUUUCAGACAGCUGUAUUCUUUGCAAGAUGGCUCCCCUUUGCUCUCUGAAUAUAAAUUGUGUAGCAACUACAAAUUUAAAACUGAGGAAAUGGACUAAACAUACUCAUUCUGUUGAUAAAUACCAAAGCAAAAAACAAAUUCCAUUUUCACUAUUACUCAAUAGUUACCUGCUCAUUUCUAAUGCAGAAACCACCUUUGAUGUGUAAGAACAAGCAAUUUAUUUUAAGCCAACUUCAUUUUACUUCUUGCAUAAAUAGUCUUGUCAGGGAAGAUACCUCUGCUUAAACUCAUUUUUUUUUUUUCAUUUUUGAAUUACAUCAUUUGAUUUUUUAAA